AUGAAAAUUCUGAUGCAUGUGUGCAUGUUGAGGUAAGUUUUUCUUAUUCAUUGUUGCAUGUUGAAGUGAUGACAAGUCACAUGCAUAUUGUGCUGCAAAACGAUAAUUUUUUCGGUUCUGUUGGACUUAUUGACUUUGUGCAUCGUGCUAUAUUGUAGAGGCCGGGCAUUUCUCUGAUGCGGUUGUAUCAUCUCAAUAAAUCAAUUAAAUGAAAUGUCCUUUAUAAAAAAAUAGAUAUGAAAGAUUCCUAGUUUUUUAUCUUUUUGUAGUUAGACCAUCACACAUCUAUUUUUAAUACAUAGAUUGAUCAGUUUAAUUACGUACUUUCAAUAUGCCUACCUGAAUUACAUCAUCAGAACAUUCAUAAUAUAUAAAUUCAUUAAAGAAUUUUUUUUCGAUGCCACCACUUUAAACCAGAGUGGGUCGGGCCCAGCUCUUGUUGCACGUAUAUAUACCUAACCUAAUCUUCGUCCUCCUCAUACAUAAGUUGCGUCCGGCGCUAGCUUCCUUCCAAGAGCUAUCUUCGUCGAUCAGCUUGGCAUGUCGAAGCCGCUGCGCGGACCCAGGAAGCGGGUGAGGAGAGGCCUGUGGUCGCCGGAGGAGGACGCUAAGCUGACGAACUACAUUGCCAUGUAUGGCCACGGCUGCUGGAGUUAUCUCCCCAGGCUAGCAGGCCUCGACAGGUGUGGAAAGAGCUGCAGGCUGAGAUGGUUGAACUACCUGAGGCCGGACCUGAAGCGGGACGCUCUCUCUCAGGAUGAGGAGGAUGCCAUCAUUCGACUCCAUUCCAUCAUAGGCAACAGGUGGUCUCAGAUCGCGGCGCGGCUGCCAGGGCGGACCGACAAUGAGGUCAAGAACUUCUGGCACUCCUUCAUCAAGAAGAAGCUCCGCCGGCGUGGCAUCGACCCAGCCACACACAAGCCCGUGAUCGCCGAGCAGCUCGUCUUGCCAUCCGUGGACCGGCACAUGUCUCACUCUCACCCGGCCGUGACGGCAAAAAGCUGCAUGUGCAUCGGGAGCAGCACGGACGGCAGGGCGGUGUUCAGUGAAGCACUGGCCCAGCACAUCCUGCCAUCGGCGGUUCCUCCGGUGGUGACGGCAGGCAGCAACGCGCGCCGCGGACACGAGGGCGCACACGCUGCGCUGGUGCUCGGUGCCGAUGCUGCCGUGGCGCCACCGGGCUUCACUGGCUACCUGGACGCGAACGCCCCUGGUGGCGGGCAGCCGGCGGUUCUCCCACUGGUGUCGAUGGCUGGCCCAACCCUGGAGCCGCCGGAUUUCACUGGCUACCUGGACGCGAACGCUUCCGGUUCCGUGCAGCCGGCGGCUAUCCCGGUGGCGUCGAUGGCUGGCCCAAACCCCUCGGGCACCGGCGCCUGCGCUGCCGCCUUCGCUGGCGAGCAGUGGAGCAACCGCACAAACAGCGGCAGUCAGUUCGAGCUGAAACAGAGCGGUACCGCCUCGGCCACUGACCAACUCCGGUGGCCGAUUGGUGGCGGCUUUGACGCCGUCGGAGCGGCGCUAGAAGACCUCGAGUGGCUCGACGACUUCGUGUUGGAUGUAUAA